GAGGCAGCCUACUCCCCUUUUCGCAUUUUCUCUGGAAAAUUUUCAGCGAGAUUCAGAAUUUUAGAUUCCACGGAAGCUAGAAUAAUUUGAAUUUUUUUUCCUAUUUAAUCGCACCUAAAGUUUUUGCCAUUCCAGAAAGAAGAGUACGUAAUUAAAUUUUGCCGGAAAGGAAAAUAAGGAAAGAAAAAAUUAAACAAACAAACACCUUGACGUUUGAGCGUGGUUGGUGAGAUUCAUUCAUUUUCUCAAAUUCUUUUAAUUUUUUAUUUCUCACCUCGUAAAUUCCAUUUCUUUCUUUCUAUUAGCGGAUUCUAAAUAUUGAAACUUUUAGGACAAAUAUUUGAUUCCAAGAUCGUUGAUAAGUUUGGUUUUUGAAGUUUUGGUAAAUUCUAAAAUGUGGAUGUUUUCUUGGAGGGUUUGAUCCCUAAAUCAAUGUGGAUGUUUUCUUGGAGGGUUUGAUCUGUAAAUCAAUGUGGAGAUCUAUUUGGAUGAAGCGGCGAUGAUGAGGAGUGAAGGUGACAAAUGGAGGUUAGAUCUGAGGGUUUACAAGUGAGGUGCGAGAAGGUUGCGUCGGGGACUCCUCCAGUGAUCGCUAGAACUCGCGUACAGGUUUGGUUUAUAAGGGUUUGCUCCAGUAUUCUGCUAUGGACUGCUUUGGUUCAGCUCGUCACCGUUGGGGAGCUAUGGCAACCGCACUUUUUCACCAAUAUUACCAAUAAAAUCACCCAGAUCACGCCGUUCCCUAUUGCAGCUCAAGUCCAUGCUCAACCGCCGCCUCCACCACUUCUUCAAGCAAGAAAUUAUACAAGUAAUGGUUAUCUUAAGGUGUCCUGCAAUGGGGGCUUGAAUCAAAUGCGUGCUGCGAUCUGUGACAUGGUGGCUGUUGCUCGUCUUUUGAAUCUCACUUUGGUUGUUCCUGAACUUGACAAGACGUCUUUCUGGGCUGACCCUAGUAACUUUGAAGACAUAUUUAAUGUGAAACAUUUCAUUGACUCGCUAAGAGAUGAAGUUCGAAUCGUCAGAAGGGUGCCAAAAAGAUUUAAUAGGAAAUCUGGAUACAAAGUAUUGGAGAUGCCCCCAGUUAGUUGGUCAGAUGAAAAAUAUUACCUAGAACAGAUUCUACCACUUUUUGUCAAGUCAAAGGUGUUGCACUUCAACAAAACUGAUACUCGCUUCGCAAACAAUAGGAUCUCACUCAAUCUUCAGAAACUCAGAUGCCGUGUUAAUUUUCAGGCACUGAAGUUCACUCCACAGAUUGAAACUUUGGGGAACAAAUUGGUUCGCAUUCUUCAGGAGAGGGGACCUUUUGUGGCCUUGCAUCUUAGGUAUGAGAUGGACAUGUUGGCUUUCUCUGGUUGUACUCAUGCCUGCACCAAGGAUGAAGCUGAGGAGCUCAAGACAUUAAGGUAUGCGUACCCUUGGUGGAGGGAGAAGGAGAUAGUUUCUGAAGAGAGGAGACUACAAGGUUUGUGUCCUUUGACACCUGAAGAGACGGCAUUAGUUUUGCAAGCAUUGGGUUUUGACAACGAAACUCAGAUAUAUAUUGCAGCGGGGGAGAUAUAUGGCAGUGAACGGAGACUUGCAGCAUUAAGGGCUGCAUUUCCACAUAUUGUCAGAAAGGAAAUGCUGUUAGAUCCAGUGGAGCUGCAACAAUUCCAGAAUCAUUCUUCUCAGAUGGCUGCUCUGGAUUUCAUGGUAUCAAUAGCCAGUAACACUUUCAUACCCACUUAUGAUGGAAACAUGGCAAAGGUUGUGGAAGGUCACCGCCGGUAUCUUGGGUUUAAAAAGACGAUUCUGCUGGAUCGAAAAAGACUUGUUGAAUUAUUGGAUUUGCAUCAAAAUGGGACACUUCCAUGGAAUGAGUUUGCAUUUGCUGUUCAAGCAGCACAUGAGAAAAGGAUGGGACAGCCAAUCCGCCGCAGGGUUAUAGCAGAUAAACCAAAGGAGGAAGAUUAUUUUUAUGCAAAUCCUCAAGAGUGCCUUUGUGAGAGAACAAAUUGUGAUGACUUGCUAGGUCCUAAUAACUCAAGUUCAAUACAGUGAGAGUGACCACACAAUUCCAAUCAAAAACUGAAGAGAGUGACUCGCUUAUUAUUCGAAAGCUGUGGUGCACAGACGUGUGACUUCCAUGGCUGAGCUUCAGACGACUGAAUUUACAUACAUUACACACCUUAAAGCAUUGUAAGAAACAGAAGAAAGGAAUCCCGAAGUGUCCAUUUAGGCAGUCAAAGGUUAUGUUCAUUUUUUUUUUCUGUUGAUAUAUUUAUUUGAUUUAUUCAACAAGAAAAGUUUGUU